AUGGCGUCGCUGAGCGGCCUGGCGUCGGCGCUGGAGUCUUACAGGGGCCGGGACCGCCUGAUCCGAACACUGGGGUACUGUUGCCAGUUGGUCGGCGGGAUCUUGGUGGAACAAUGCCCUGCCAGGUCAGAUGUGGGGACACGCCUGCUGGCGGUAUCUGCCCAGCUCAGCCACUGCAGGACCGUCCUGCGACUCUUUGACGACCUGGCCAUGUUUGUCUACACUAAGCAGUAUGGCUUGGGGGCAGAGGAGGAGGACAUUUUUGUCCGCUGGGUGUCUGUUCUGGGCAACCUGGCCGACCAGCUCUACUACCCCUGCGAGCACGUUGCCUGGGCUGCUGAUGCCAAGAUCCUCCACGUGGACGCUGCCCGCUGGUGGGCACUGAGCACAGCUUUCUGGGGCCUCUCCCUGCUCCUGGGCAUUGCCAGGUCCCUGUGGAUGGUGCUGAAGCUGAGGCAGAGACUGAGGAACCCCACAACCACCUUCUCGGGGCAGCCGCCCCGGGGCCGGCGGAGGGUCCUGGAGUUGCAGAUACAGUCAGAGAUGCUGACGCUGCUCAGCAACUUGGCUGACCUGGCCAAUGCGGUGCACUGGCUGCCCCCGGGGGUGCUGUGGGCUGGCCACUUCCCGCCGUGGCUGGUGGGUCUCCUGGGCACCGUGUCGUCUGUCCUCAGCCUGUACCAGGCCAUGAGGGCUCCCAACAGCCAGGAUGACACCACCAGCCCAUGA